UAAAAUUUCUCCAAGUGCGCCAUCUAUUGACCAAAAUAAGAAUGAGCGCCAUUGGCUUGAAGAAAUAUUCCCAGACACGUAAUAAAAAGUUUUAAAAUGGACGAAGAAGAACGAAAUAAAAAGCUUCGAGCUGGAAAGGAAAAGUUGGCAGCAUUUCAGAAGAAGAAGAGUAAAAAGAAACACAGUCAUCAUCAUCAUCAUCACCAUGGAGAUGAAACAGUAGCAGGGGGAGAUUCAUCUAUCAGCUCUGUUGAUCAGUCCAGUUCAAGUGAUGUCCCAUUGUUUGAAGAUAGUGAUCAAAAUAUGACAUCAGAAGAUGAAACCAUGUGUACACAAGAUUCCAAGUCCUUGUUUAAGGUACAGACCAAGUUAAAGCAUGCUAUAGAGAGAAUAGCAGAAUUAGAGGAAUCUUUAGAAGGGAAGCAACUUGCAUUAGACAGGGUGAUCAGUGAAAACACCAAGUUCAAAGAAUCUGACUCGGCACAUAAGAUUGGUGAAAUGGAAGUAGCUAUCAGUAAGAGGGAUGAAAUAAUAAGACAGUUGACAACAAGAUUACAGUCUACAGCCAGUUUACAAUCAGAAGCAGAACAACUAACACAUCAUGUACAACAACUUCAGGCACAAUUAAUUAAUGCUGGCAAAUUAAUGGAAUCUCAGAACAGCAAACAGUUGAUGUCCUCUCAAGCCUUACUGGAAGCCAAACAUGAAAUUGAAGCUUUGCAAAAAUGUAUUGAAGCCAAAGAUACACUUGUUAAUCAGCUAUCAGACAAAGUUGGUGCCAUUUCUGAUGAAUAUAUUAAUCUGAAAACUUCAUAUGAGGCCUCAAGACAAAAAGAAGCAGAAAGUUCUAAAGUUGUGAAAAGUCUAAUGUCAGAUGCAGAGGACAUCCGAAGACAAGGAAGUGUAAAUGGUUCAGUCACAGUAUCUAAUUCAUAUUCAGAUGUCGAAGACAGAGUUCAAAAGGUCAGACUUGAACUGGAAGAAACAUAUGGAAAUCAGAUAGCCUUAAUGAAAGAUGAAUUGUCAAAACAUUAUAAUGUUGAAGUUGAAAAAUUGACUAGUGAAUUAAACAAUUUUAAGGAAAUUUGUGCAAAACUUGAAAGUGAUAAUUCUAUUGAAGAAGAAAAACUGAAAUUAACUGAAACAAUUAAUUGUAAUGAUUUAUUGAUUUCAGAACUUCAAUCAAAAUUAACUGAAAUUAAUUCAAAAUGUGUUCAAAUUCAAAGUGAAAAAGAUGAACUUUCAAAAGAAAAUUUGACUUUAAGUAAACAGAUUGAUAUAUUAAGCUCCCAAUUAGAAUCCACACAACAUGAUCAUCCAGUAAGUAAUGGAGGUGAACCUGUUCAGGAGGAUGAACACUCUGAAUCAAACAUUAAAAUCAAGGAAUUGAAUGAGAAAAAUUUAAAUCUGACUUCUGAAUUAGAUUCAAUUAGAAAAGACUAUGCUAAUGCACAGAAAAAUGUAGAGGAGUUGGAAAAGAAAGUAAAGGGAGGUAAUAGACCUGCCAGAUUCCAGGUCGACUCCCAGGAGAUAGUGAUGGAAUUAAAACAAGUGACAGAACAGUAUGAGGAAGCUUUAGUAAACAUUGCAAUGAUGCAGGGAAGGAUUGAAGACUAUGAUAUCAAGUGUGAAAUUCUAAAUGAAGACUUGAAUAAGAUCAAAGAACAAUUGAAAACAUCAGAAGAUGCAGUGAAAAAUUAUGAAGAACAGACAAAAGAAUAUGAAAAAAUAAAGGAAAAACUGGGAAAAUCUGAGCAGGAAAUCAAAAGUUUUGAAGAGCGUGUUAAGGAGUAUGAAUCAAAACAUGAAAGCGUGUUAUCAGAACUAAGUGAUAUGACAGAACAAUGUACAAAUGCUCAAAGACAGUGUGAAGAAUACAGAGAUAAAUUUGUGGAAUAUGAACAGCAACUUACUGACUAUGAAGGGUUAACUACCCAGUACAAUGAAUUACAACAUGAAUGUAAUGUGUAUCAAACACAAAAUGAUGAACUCAAUAAUAAAAUGAAUAUUCAGCAGGAUGUUGUCAUGGAGUUAAAGGCGGAGCUAGAGAUAUUGUCCAAUCAAAACCAAGCAUUCCAAGAACAGUCUCCUAUACAGACACAACAAAUAGAAGACUUAACCAAGGAAAACAAAUGUUUGUUAGAAAGUAUUGACUUACAUAAAGAUGAAGUUACUAAACUAACUAAUAGUCUAAAUCAGGCUACAGCUGAGGUGGAUACUUAUAAGGUGAAAACCAAAUCACUUGAAAGUUUAGUGGAAACUCUAGAGGUUGAACUAAAAUCAAAACAAGACACUGAAUUAAUUCUUAAACAGAAAGAGAAUUCAAUUAAGAAAUUAACCAAUGACAUUGAUGACUUAACAUCACAUCUUCACAUUCAAGAACCUGUUGAAGAAAGUUUCCAGAAGGAAACAAUAACUCAUGAAGAGGCAUCUUUAUCUUUGAGCAAUUCUGUGUCUAAUCAAGUUGUCUCUCAGAAUGAAACAAAAGACAUUGAGAAUGCUGAGGUUGUACAGUCAGAUGCACACUCAGCUCUGUCAUUUGAUAGUUUUGUUCAGGAAGAAUUAGAACAUCAGUCAGAACUGGCAUUACAUGUGGUUAGUGAUAUGGAAGCUGAUUCUCUUGACGGUGAUAUAGCCGAUUCUAUUGAAGACUCAAAACAAGGUGAUCUCAUAGCGGAAAUAAGCAAACUUCAACAUGAGAACCAUGAACUUAAACUGACUAUCCAGAACAUAAAAGUUACUUAUGAAAAUGAUAUGGAGCAAGCAUUACAGUCAUGUCGUUCUGAGAUUGUCAAUGUAUCGGCUGAAAAAUCAAAGAUAGAGACCUCUUAUUUAGAACUAGAGGAAAAUAUUGUUAACAUGAAUGAAAAAGUUCAGUUAGCUGAAACAGCAUUGGCUACUGUAGAGGAAGAAAAGCUUGCACUUCAGAAUGAUUUAACAUUUGUUAACAGUAUGUUAGAUGAAAUGACUCAGAAUGAGGGACCAUCUCAAAGUGAUUCAAAUACGUCGAUUACAGUGUGUAAUAAACUGAAAACACUUCAAGAGAAAUUAGAAAUUGCUCAAUCAAAUACUAAAAAUCUAAGUUCUCAAAGUGAAAAAUUGAAAAGUGAAAACUUAGAAAAUAUAGAAAUACAUAAGAAUAUACUUUUACAUAAACAGGAGGAAAAUGAUAAUUUAUGUAAAGAACUUGAGUGUCUUCAAACUCAGAUGAAAACCAUGGAAACUGAAGUUGAAAAAAGUAAACAGCUAUGGAAAGAAAAUGACAGUUUGAAUAAGUCUUUGCAAGAAACGAAUGAAAGGGAACAAACUCUACGAAUUCAAAGUGAAAGGUUAUCUCAGCAAGUAUUUGAACUUUCUGUACUAAAUCAGACUGUCAGCGGUGACAAAGAAAACCUUGAGAACAGGUUUGUGGAAGUGUCAGCAAUGGAAAAUAAUGAGAUCUCUGACUCAGUAGUGAACAUUCAUGUAAAUGAACUGAUGUCAAGUAAAAAGUCACAUGAUUUAUUAUUAACCAAUCAGCAAUUACUUCCAAUUUCAGAACAUGACAAUGAUGUGAAAUGUGAAGUGACAGCAGAUGGUGAAACUUUGGUGAGAGAUGAUGGACCUCAGAACUUGCUAGUCCCUGAAGGUGAAAUAACACAGCAGAGUGCAGCCAACCAGUCAACCACGCUUGAAAAAUUGAAGACCCAGUAUGAAUCUCAACUUAAUAGUUUCCGACAAGAACUGGAUAGUGAGAGACAAGCUAGAACAGAGAAAAUGGAAUGCACUCAGGGUAAUGAAGAUAAAAUGGAGAAGCUUGACACAGCAGAGAAAGAAAAAUUGGAUGACAUUAUAUCUGGCUUGAAUACCCAGCAUGCAUCAGAAAUAGAACUAUUACAGCAGAGAUAUCUUGAAGAUGUAGACUUGAAGGUGAAGGCAAUGAGGAUCACUUUAGAACAGAUCUACUCUGGUCAGUUAGAUCUAGUUAAGACAGAACUAGAGAGGACACACGUCCAAUCUCUGAAGGAACUCAAUGACCAACUGACCCAGGAACAUGAGGAAGACAUACAGAAGAUAGAGAGAUUGUGGGAGAAACGUUUAGAAGAUGUAGAAGAGCAACAUGAAGAUGAUAUGAAUAAAUCUCUUCUGGAGGACUCACUUAGUGCCAAGGAUUCAACAUCUGUACAAAUACAGAAAGCAAUCAAGAAAAUGGCUGACGAACAUGAAAAACUAUUACAGAAAAUAUCCGAUGGACUUUCAAAAUCUCCCAAAACAAGAACUCCACGAAAGAACAAGCAGUCCCAGGGACAACAGACCGAGGAUGAUACAGACACUGAGAGUAUACGGUCCAUGCCUGUUACUGAGGAAGAGUACCAACAAUUAGAGGAGAAAGAGAAAAUUGUGGAGACAGCUGAAGAUGUACGACAGACCUUGGAAAGCCAGCGUGAGGAGUUGGACCUGCUUCGUGCCUCUUUACUUCAGGAAUAUGAACAAUUACUUACUGCCAGAACAGAUCGUAUGUCUAAUGAAGCUCAGGAAGUAGAAAGAUUACAAGAGGAAAUGGAACAGUUACAGAAACUUUACAACAAGCAAAAGGCCAAAUUCCAGUCUGCUGGUCCACAAAUAACAGAUCUUUCAAGUCUCAAGACACAAUAUGAAAAUAAAAUCAGUUCUCUUGAAAAAUUCCACCAGGAAGAAAUUCUACAAUACAAAGAGGAAAUAGAAGAAUUUAAAGCAAACCAACAGGAUUUUUCUUCUCCAAAGAGGGGUUCUGGGAGUGAUGCAGUGACAUCUAGUGGUGUCCCAGAUGAGCAAGAGACAGAAAGAGAUUACUUGAAAUCAGCAUAUAAUUUGACUGCUAUUUCUGAUGAUUCACUUCAGUAUGAAGAUGAAACUAAUGAUAAAACCUUACAGGAACUUAAAACAUUGUUGGCAAAAAAAGAAGAUGAAAUAUCUGACCUCCAACUCAAGAUUUCUCAAGAAAACAUUGAAAAUCAAGAAAUGCAUUUUAAAUUGACUGAAAAUUCAGAUAAAAUUCAGGAACUUGAAAAUAAAUUACGGGUAACCCAAGGUGAACUGGAUGAUGUAAAUUCAUUAAUGAGUGAUAAAGAGUGUAAAAUAGAAACAUUAAUGAAGCAAAAACAAGCUCUUGGUGAAAAAUGUUUACGUGAAUUGGAAGAGUGUGAAAACAAACAUGCCAAAAUUGUUACUGAAAUAAAUGAAAAGUUCGAAAAAGUAUUUACAGAUCUGAAAUCAUCUCAAGCUGAAGUUUCCAAGUUAAAAGCUGAACUUGAAGCUUCUCAAGAACAGGAGAGAAUGUUGGAAGAGCAAUAUGAUGAAUUACAACAACAACAAAAAGCAGCCAUGAAGAAUUUACAGGAACGAUCUGAACAUGACAAUGAAGAAGUUAUCAGUGAAAUAAAACUUACUCAUGAGAAAGAAAUUGAAACAUUGAGAGAAAAACAUAAGGAGGAACUUGAUUCUUUGUCGGAAAAACAGAAAGAGGAUAUUGAAACACUCAAACAGGAACUUGAAAAUGUCCAUCAAGAACAAAUUGAAGAAUUACAGCAUCAACAAAGAGAGAAAAAUGAAUCUCUAUGUCAAGAUCUAGAACAUGAGAGUCAAGUUGAACUUUCAACUGUUCAAACAGAAUUCAAAGUUCAAAUGGAGGUGGAAUUGAAACGACAAGCUGCAGACAUAACUGCUGGCCAUGAUAAAGAAAUAAAAAAAUUAAAAGAAGAUUAUCAACAAAAAUUAGAUGAUAUGAAAAACCAAAUACAAUCUGAAAUGACAAAACAAGAUCCAGAAAAAUCAAAUGACACCAAAACUAAGGACCAAGUUCUUGAGGAAGUUAUACAAGAAGUCAUUGAAGAUAAGAUAGAAAAAGCAUUUUCGCCUGUAGAAGAAAAAAGUGGUGUUAUUGAAGAUGAAGAAUCUUUAGUGAGUCGAGAUAGUGAUACACAGUCUCAGGAGACAGUGAUAGAGGUGUCUAAAUCAGAGGAGGAUACUGUCAAGGAGAGGACUUUAGGGGGAACGGAUAAAACUGAGGCUGAUGGGGACAGUUUGGAGGAAGACAAAGACACCAAAGACAAUACAUUAUCUGAAUCAUUAUUACAGACUGAUCAAUCACAAGACUUUGACAUGAUUGAUUCAUCUCAAGAUUUUGAUCAAACUGCAUCGUCAAGAGACUUCACACAAACUGCUUCCACGUUCAGUGCUUCGUCUAGUGACUCUAGUGAGAAGGGUUUACUACCUGCUGGUAAAACUCAUGAUAAUACUGUGGCUGUUCUCAUGCAAGAAAUUGGAAGGGCUAAGGAGGAAACUGUUAAACAACUUCAGGAGGAAUAUCAUACAGAAAUAAAUCAGCUCAAUGAAAAAUUAAAAGAGGCAACUGAGAAAAAUUCUAAACUGGAAGAAAAUUUCAAAGAAGAUAUAGAUAAAGUUAUUGAGGAUUAUGACAUGAAAAUCAAGGCUUUGGAAGAGAACAGUACAGCUUCUAAGGAAGAAAUUGAAAAACAAAACAAACUGAAACGAGAUUUAAUCAAAGAACAUGAGGAUAAUGUGUCUAAACUUAACAAGGAAUAUGACGAAAAAAUGGAAUUAUUAAAACAGGAGUUAGAAGAAUCAUUUGAUGGUGAAAAGGAGGAACUGAAAAAACAACAUGAAUUGGACUUAAAUGAAGCAGAGGAAAAAUAUGAGACUCUUAUUGAUCGUAUAAAAAGUGGUGAGGCUCCUGAAGUGGCUGAUCUUAUACAUGAACGGUAUGAUACAGAGUUAGAAAUGGCUAAAACACUAAUGCAACAGGAAUUUGAUGAAACAAUAGAAUCAGAACAGGCCAGAUUUAUGGAACAGCAUCAAGAAUUAAUGGAUAAGUUUAUAGGUGAACGUCAGGCAGAGGCAGAAGAACUAAGAAUGCAACAUGAAAAAGAUAUAUCAGAAUGUAGAAAGACUAUUAUUGAUGAAUAUGAUGCUAGAAUUUCUGAGCUGGAGCAAAAUCAAGAAUUAGAAAUCUCAAAACUGAAGGAAGAAUUGACCAAGAUUGUUUCUGAACCAGAGGAUGUAGCAGCUGUUAAAUCAGAAGAAUCAACUCAGAAGACAGACGAGGAACUUGAGACAGAUGACGAAACUAGGGAAGCAGAUUUACCCUCUGACCCUGAAGUAGCCCGUCGUAGGUCUAGUGAAGAGAAGGAUAACUCUAUAGAGGACUUAAGGGACACCCAUACCUCAAUUAUAGCCAGAAUAGAGGCAGAAUAUGAGGAGAAACUUAAACGCAUCAAAGAAGAAAUAGCUAGUACCCACUCCACUCAUUCUGAUGAUUUAGAUGGUGGAAGUGUAGAUACUGUAACAUCUAGAAAGAGUGCUGAACAACAUAAACAGGAGUUAUUGGCCUUAGAACAACAAAUGUCAGACAAACAUCAAAAGGAAAUGCUAAAUCUACAGACACAGCACCAGGCUAGGAUAGAAGACAUGGAAGACAAGUACAAGAAAGAGAUUGGAAACUUAAAGAAAAUUUUGGAGUUUUUACAGCAUUCCUCCAGUUCAGAAGAUACCAUUCAAGGGCAGCUUGCAUCUCCUGCUCAAACUGUUCCUAUGUUGGAAAGUUUAGAAGAGGAGAUAGUAGCAGAAGACAGUGGACGUUAUGUUCCAUCUAGGAGCACCCCUAGAGAUGACAUGGAAUCUUCUAUAGAGAGAGUAGAAGUGACCCAGGUGGUCAGAAGACCUCAACAGAUCAGUCCAAGGGAUAGAAAGGAAAUCCCUGAUGAAUCUGAUGAUGAACAAUUGAUCCAGUUUGACAAAACAAAGGGAGAUCAUCAAGAAGACAUGGGUUCUGAGAUAUCGGAGGAACCUAUUCUUCCUGAUUCAGCUCCACCUAGACAACUCUCAGCUUCUACAUUUGAUUUUGAUGCUGGACUUGACUUUAAACCUGAUUUUGUGGAGGAAGAUGAAGACUACGACAGAAGUAGUAGUUUACAAAACAGAGAGGAUUCUGGGAGUGGAAGAUCUACUCCCGAUGAGCUGAUGCAAACAAGGGCCCUGGCGGAUACUCUUGCUAAUUUAAAACCAGUUUCUACAUAUGAAUCUGGUGAACUUCCUGUGUCCGCUGAGGUUGUCAAACAAAAGGAUAGCAAAAUCAAAGAUCUAGAAGAUGAGAUUAAGAAGCUGACUCAAAGAUUACAGGACCAGAUUGAGGAAGAAAGACUGAUUCUAAUGAGGAGAGAGAAAGAAUCACAGGAAGAUCAAAAUCUAGAACUUAUGCUCAAAUCUGACUUGGAGAGAGUUAACAAUGAUAGAGAAUCUGUACAGAGAACAAAUGAACAACUAUUACAGUUAUUGUCAGACUCCGUGAAGACUUAUCUCAAUGUAGAAGAUAGUAUUAACAAAAAACUGGUUAAGAUGGUUACAGAGGGAGAUAAAUCUACAGGGAGUAAAGGGAGAUCACCCCCUAGAGAUCAGCAGAGGUCACCUCCAUUGGGUGCUGAAGGAGGAGCAGAAGGGGAUGGAGACAGUUUACAGGAAACCAGUAUAUUGUCAAAUGUAACAGAUGAGGGUCUAGAUUUAUCACAAAGAAUUAGUGAAAGUAUUUUCCAGGGUCCCGAGCUAGAUAAAGAAGGGGAAGAACUACUCCGAGAUGCCAGUCAUAGACUACAGAACUCUGUAUCUAGACUCCUCGAGAUGAUAGAAGAGACAACAAACCAGCUGCUCGAGGCUCGUAACACACAACACCAACUGGUUGAUCAUGUAAAUAUCAAGGAAGAAGACUCCAAUCAGAUGAACAACCAGGUUCAGGAUCUACAAGAGCAACUCAGACAGGAGAUUAAAGCUAAAGAAUAUCUUGCUGUCGAACUUCAUAAGGCGGAAGGUCUAAUUGAGGGAUACAGUUCUGAGAGAGAAACUUUGAACCAACAGAUUGCAGAUCUCGAGGAGAAAAAGGAAGCUCUGGUUUUGGAACUUGAGACAACUAAAAACAAGCUCCAGGACUUAGAAAGUAUCCAUCAUGAGGCUGUGUCCCUUCGAGCAGAACUUCAGAGACAGCAGUCCCUUAUCCAGGGCAAUGUCGGAGAGGAGGCCCAAGUUACCUUGACAACCACAGAGGCAGUGCCACCUAAUAAAGAAGCUAUGUUGCUGGAGCUGAAUCGUUUGAAUGAUGAUAAAAGAGAUUUACAGCAACAAGUAAGAGAACUUCAAGAUAAGUAUGAGGGACGAGUUCGUGAUUUACAGAAUGCCGGAGAAGAGACAGAGAGACACUACUUACAGAUACUAGAGGAUAAGAAAGCAGAAAUCGUGGAAAUGCAGCUGAAAGUGGACGCUGUUGAAAAACAGCUGAAAUACAAUAAACAGUUCCUAGAGUCGACUUCCACAAAUUCUGAACAAACUAUUGAGAGGGAACAAGAACAAGAAGAGUUCACAAGGGAGAUAAAUAAAUGGAAACAAGAAUCUGUCAAUAAAGACAAGUUAAAUAAAACAGAGGGCAGACUUCAGAAAGAGGUUGAUGAUCUAACUGAGGAACUUGAGGAUAGAAUGAACAGUCAUAGUGAGAUAGUGUUACAAACAGAAAAACUACAGAGAGAUUUAAGGGAGAAAAAGCUUACAACUGAAGAAUUAAAUAUUCUUGUUAGACAGCUAGAGCUAGAAAUUGAAGAUAAAAAUAUCAAAGAAAAUCAACUCAAACAGAAAAUAGUUAGCCUAGAGGAGGAGUUACAGAAACGAGAUGAGCUGGAGGAGGAUUCAGGCACAGAGUCACCUCCCCCUGGAGAGGAAGUGGACACUGAUGUAGAUGGUACCAGACAGCCUAGAGGUCACAGAAGAAGAAGAUUUCUACCAUCACAUCAAGUCUCAGUUAAACAAGAAGAGGAACUUAUCCAUGAAAAAGAAGCAUUACAGAACCAAGUAGAGGAUUAUAUAAAACAGGUGUCUGCAUUGGAAAUUCAGAUGGAUGAAAUGAGACAUAGGGGAGAUUAUGGAGGGGAUACCCAGAACUCUACAUUACAAAGACAAUUGGAGAGAGAGAAAGAACUCCUGGAAGAAAAAGAAAUAAAGGUGUCAGAACUUCAAGUGCAGAUAGAAGAUUUGGAAGACCAAUUAAUCAAUAAAGAGCAACACAUACAACAACUGACAUCCCAGGGUAGGAAGGUACAAGUAGAGGAAGUUACCAGUAAAUAUGAUGACAGAGUCAGCCAGCUGGAAAGAGAAAAUGAAACUUUAAUGGAAAAAGUUAACUCUUUACAGAGUCAGUUUCCUACAGAAUUAUCUCCCUUCACACAAACUCUUAUGAACGAGAAAAACCAAGAAAUCGACCAUCUUAAUGAUCAAGUUCAUCAAUUGCAAGAGGAAUUAAAUAAACUUACUUCUGGGGAGGAAAUAGUCAAUCUGCGUGAUGAAGUAGAAAGAUUACAAGGUGAACUAGAUAGAAAGAAUUUUGAUUUUAUCAGAGCUUCUCACACCUCAGAUGGAUCUUUCACUGACUCAGAGAUGCCGGGAGUCAGUGCUUCAUUUGCAGAAAAGACAAGUCUUCAGCAGGAGAUAGAUGAUUCUGUAGCCAAUCAAAUUGAUCAGAUUGGUAAUCUGCAACAGGAAGUAGAACAGCUGAAGGGUAGUCUCACACAGAGGGAGGAACAGAUAACAGCUCUAAAAACAGAGCUAGAAGUCAAAGUAGAACCUCCACCAAAGACUGAGGAUGCUGUUCUUCUGAAUGAUGUUUUACAAGAGAAAGAGACCUACAUUGACCAGUUAAAUAUACAAGUAGAAGGAUUAAAUAAUGAAGUGGAAAGCUUGCAUGAUUUCCAGACAAAGUUUCAGGAAGAUUAUGACAUGGUUCAAGCUAUGUUGGAAGAAAAAGUUAAGGAAAUAGAAGAUAAGGAAAGAGAAAUAGAUCUGUUGACUCAGGAACUGACACAAAAACCUACUGAUGAUGAAUCUGUGGUAAAGUUGGAACUAGACUUAGCCAGAAUGAGGAGGGAUUUAGCAGAAAAAGAUAAUGUUAUAGAGGAGAAAGCUGAAGAGAUGUAUAUGUUAAAUGAAAAGGUAGAACAACAGGAAGCUACUUUAGAAGAAAUGAAAGAAUUACAGAAUAAAAUUGUAGAAUUGGAAAAUGAAAACCAAAAACUUCAAGCUUUAGGAUCUGAGGACCAAGGGACUAAAAAGUUAUUAGAAGAAAAGGAGGCAGAAAUUGCUCAAAUAAAGGAAGAAUCUGUUCAGAAAGAAACCAAAAUGGCUAAAAUGCAAGACGAACUAGAUGCAACUAGUGAACAUUUAAAAAUAGCAGAAAAUCUGCAAAGGAAAUUGGAGGAAGCUGGUAUGCUUGGACCAAAUAUUCUUCUAAGAGAUAGAGACGAAGAAAUUCAAAAAUUAAAGAAGGACAUUGCAGAAUUGAAAGAAAAACUAGAUUCAUAUGCUGAAAGUGAUGACCAGAUGUUAAAGAACAAGAAAGAAAUCACAAAACUGAAAGAAGAACUUGGUGCUCUAAGAGUACAGGUCCGUGAAGAUCGUACUGAGGAACUAAGAAUCUCACAUGAACAAAUUGGUGCUCUCAGACAAAAACUGAAAUCAGCUGACAAUCAAGAGGGGGUCAAUAUUCUGACAGAGGAAAUAAACAAACUGAGAAAAAGUAUGAGACCAGAAGAUGUUGCUAAAGUAAUGAAUGAAAAAGAUGAGAAGAUUGAAGCAUUGAAAUGUCAGUCUCAAUUAUUACAACAUCAAUUACACAUGGCCUACACCCAAGAGGACAUGGAUGUUAAGGAAGACGCCAUUCAAGCUCUUCAGAUGGAGUUAGCUGUACUACAACACAGUUCUGAACAGGAGGUUAAGACACGACAGCUGGAGGCAGAAUCUAUACCCAGUCUAACCACACAGAGACAGCCAGGAGUGGGUAUAGAAAGUCAACAGUUGAUGUUUGCUGUGAAUACACAAGCUCCAAUGAGAAUUGUAGAGGAAGAAGGCAUUACAGCUGAAGUUGUUACUGGUGUACAAGGUGUUCCUGAAACAGCUAGACAGCUAGAAGCUAGAGAUUUAGAGAUUACUAGAUUGAGAGAAGAAUUAUCGUAUUUUAAGGAUAACUAUGACUCAGGUUCUCGUAUUGAGGAACAUGAUGUAGUGUUACUAGAGAAGGAAGAGAAGAUAUCUGACCUAGCAGCUAAGAUUGAAAUCAGAGAUGAUCAGUUACGUACUAAAGAUGAGGUGAUAGAACAGUUAAAGGUAGAUAUGGAGAAUGUUCAGCACCAUUUGGCUUCUGUCAAAGCUGAGGAAGAAAACAUCCUUCACGCCAAAUCUGAAGAAGUUAAUUCAUUACAAAGUCAGCUUGUCAGCUUUGAAAGUAAAAUAGAUGAAUAUGCAAAUAUAAAAGAUAAACUAGACCAAUAUGAAUCUGAUUUAAAUGAGAAAGAAAACCAGAUCCAAGAUCUUGAGGAGGAUUGUUCCAGACUUCGAGAAAAAUUGAAACAGCAAGAAUAUGAACUUCAAACUGCUGCUUCAUUGGAGAAUAUUGAGACUGAGUUAAGGGAGAAAGACAAUUUGAUACAAGAUUUAGAAGAAGAAUGUUCAAUGCUGAGAAAUAAGUUGAAAGACCAAGAAAAUAAGAUGCAAGUAGAGUUACAGAAAGCAGGAUCUUUUGAUGCAGGAGAUGACGUCUUUGCCCAAUUACAAGAGAAACAAGAGAAAUUAGAGCAGACAUCGCGAGAAUUGUCAGCCACAUUUUCAAAAUUGAAAAACUCUGAAGAAAAGCUUGAACAAAUGACUAAUGUGAAACAAAGACUAAAGGAAGCUGUUGAACUUAGUGAGCAGCAACUACACAUCGUAGAACAGAAAGACCAGGAAUACACCAAACUUAAGUUAGACAUACAGGAAAUGCUUACUGACAAGGACAGAACUAUUAAAGAACUGAGACAGGAACUUCAACAAGUUACACUGGCGGUGGAGAAUGACAGGAUGGAAAAAGUUAGAGUGAUUGAGAAUCUGCAGCACCAAGUUAGACAACUCCAGACAGGUCCUGACAGUGGUGGGGGAGAUGCUGUCUCAGCUGUUACAAAACUUCAAGUUCAGUUACAGGAGAAUGAAAGUAUCAUGAUGGAGAUGCAUGGUGAGCUAGAAUCUGUUAAGGCUAAUCUUCAGGACAAAUCACAGCAGCUAGAGGUCAAGAUGAUAGAAUUGGAACAGGCUAGAGGUCAUAUAUCACAUGACCAAGAUGAGAUUGAGGCUGCUACCCAGGGUCAAUUGGAUAAUCUGAGACAAGAGUUACACAUCGCUAAAACAGCUUUAAAUGAAAUGCAAAGAGAAGGAGGAUGGAGAAGUAGAGAAACUAGCAUAGAGAGAGAUCCAUACAGAUCAGAACAUCUAGAAUCUGAUGAUGAAUUAGAAGGUAUGGACAGACUGGAACUGAUGAAGGAAAUCCAAGAGCUUAGGAAAGAUCUUAAGACAGCAUUGUCAGAACUUGACUUGUUCCGUACCACAGUAUCCAUGUCUGCUAAAGAUUAUGUUAGAAAAGUUAUGGAGUUAAGAGAGGAGCUAUCUCAGCAGCACCAUAAACAUAUCCAAACCAUGCAGGACAGAACUCGUCAGGACUCUGAGACUAAUCUGGCACAGUUACGAAUCAAGUAUGAAGACGAGAUUGAAUAUCUCAAACAACUUCAUAAAACAGAGUUGGAGAAGAAAACAGGAGAAGUAAAGAGGGAGAUGGAGAGAGAACAUGAUCAUGAGAUAGACAGACUGAUGGCUAAACAUCAACAGGAAAUAGAAAUAGCCAGACUACAGGAACCAGUUCUGAGUGACACAAUGACAAUGGAAGCUGGACGUCGUCUGCAGUCUGAAAUCUCCUUAUCAGAAAAGCUUGACACUCGUUUGCUGAAAUCAUUACAGAGACAACCAGAGGGCGCCAGUGGUACAGACAACACAGAUGGUAGUACUGGUGUAUCCAGCACUGAAAUGACAACUGAUGAAAAUUUGUCAUCUAAAUUACAGAUGUUAAUGAAUCGCCUCCAUAGAGAAGGUGUACAGAUGUUAAGUAUAUCAGAGUUACAGUUCCUGAAUCGUCACAUGUCACCAACUCAGAUUGAUAAAGAGGUUGAUGUAGAAUCAUUGAAAACAUCAUGGGAGAGUGAGAAACAAAGCUUACUGUCCGCUAUACAAUCACUCAAAGAUCUCCUGGCACAAACACAUAAACUCAGAGGACUUGAGAAGGGUCCUGAUGUAUCUGAUUGGAGAGGUGAACUUCUACAGGCCAUAAGUUAUGUAUUUGCCAAAGAAAGAGACACCUUAUUGGCUGAAUUAAGGUCACAUGUUUUGUCUCAUCCAACAGCAGAUCUCUCUGAUAUACAGAAUUUGGAACAGAAAAUCAGAAACCAGGAAGAACACCAGAAAUCUUCAUUAGGACAGAUUUUCAAUGCUGAUCGUCAGUCAAUGUUAGCUGAAAUCAGAGAUCUAAGAGCUCAUACCAACAUCUCAAUGAUGAAACAUCAGGAAGAACGAGAGAAAAUGUCAGAACAGCUCAGUACUUUAGAAGAUCAAACCACAAAGAAAGAAAGACAAUCUAAAAGACAAGCACAACUGUUAGAAUACAAGUUACAGCAAGAAAAAAUACUUCAAGAUGAUGUCAGAUCUCGUUAUGAUAUGGAAUGUGAAAGAAAUAGUGAGUUAUCUACCCUUUUGUCCAGAGAGAAGAAUCAUAAUCUUGAUCUUCAGACAGAAACUUCCAAUCUACAGAAUCAGAUCUCCAAACUGAAAGAUGCACUUGAGAGAGAACAAAGUAGAUUUGUUUCCGUAUCGGAAAUGUGGGAUUCUUUGGUUGGUGCUUUAGAUGAGGAGAAAGGAAAGAGUCAUUAUUUGAGUGAGUUAUUAGAUGCCGAGAGGUUCAAGUUCAAUAAUCUACAAGUACAGUUAGAGGAUUAUAGAGUUAACUCAGAGACAACACAACCAGAAACUGUUGUAGAGGCCUUGAAGAAAGAAGUAAUGAUGGAAAGAGACCGACGUAUUCAUGCUGAGAAUACAUAUGAGUUAGACCAGACAACAAUCAGUACACUGAAACAAGAACUAGAUAAGGAACAAAAAAACUUCCAUAACAUGGUCACAGACUACGAGAACAAAUUACAACAACUUGCUACAACUAUAGACAUGGAAAAGGCUAGAUGUGUUGAUCUAGAAAGAGAACUGGAAAGAGAGAAGUACAUGAACCAGAAACUGAAACAUAAUCUUGAGAAUGAGCGAGAUUCUUUACAAGAAAGCUCAGACAGAGAAAAAGGCAUAUUUGAUGAGAUACAAAUGGAAUUGGAAACAGAGAAGGCCAAAGUAUUAGACUUACAGAGGUCAUUGGAUAGAGAGAAGAAAAGAAAUAAUGAUUUGUUUAAAUCUAUAGAUGAGGAGAAAUCAUCAUUAAGGGAAGAACUUGAUAAUGAAAGACAAGCAUGUAGGCAGCUUAAAAAUGAAUUAGAUCAGGCACAGCUACAGAAACUUGACAUUACCCGUCACUAUGAACAUGAAAGAGACCAGUUAAAUAGGGUCAAAGUUGAGAGGGACCAGACACGUAAUGACAUGAAGAUAAUGAAGGAAAGAGAAAAUGAAAGAGAGAGACAGAGAGAUACUGAAAAAAUAACAGAUAAACGAUCAGCUAGGCAGUUAGAAAGAGAAAGAGAUGAUUUUAAAAUGAAACUGCAUGAAGCUGAUCUAGAAAUGCAGAGAUUGAAGCAGAAAAUUCUAAACUUAGAAGAACAAGUGACCAUAAGUAAAGAAAAAGAGAUGGAUAUUAUGAGGGAUUAUGAACAGGAAAAACUACGCACAUUACAUAAUCAGUCUUUUGAAAGGGACAUGUCUGUGAGAACAGAAGGAUCUCCUGAGAGUGAUGUAGAAUCUACAGAACAGAGAGAGAACUGGAAAGUGUACAAGGCACAGCUGGAAAGUCUAUGUCAGAGUCUACAAUUCCAAAUGUUACAGUUUCAAGACAAGAUAGGACAACUUGUAAAGUCUGAUGAUAAUGAGGAGGCUAGUGCUAUACAGAACUCAGUCAAAGAUUUGAUGAACGAGCUACGACAUGUACAGAUACCACUCACAUUUGAAUCUGGGACUGACAGAAACCUUAUGUCCAGACCAGAUCUGAAUGCUGUAAAUGGCCGUAUAUUACAUCAUAAUAAUGAGCUUACAAACUUUGUCUCCAGACUAACUGAGGAGAAAAUAGAGCUACGCAAGACUCUUGGUCGCCUAGAGGAGGAUAUAUGGCGAUACAGGCAGAGAGAAAAUGCUGUACAAAAUGGGGACCAGACCAAUUCACAUUUUACUGACAAACAUUUAGAAGACAGAGCAGAAUGGGCCAAAGAGAGGCUUUCUCUACAACUUUCACUUAAUGAUGCUGAGAGACAAAUAGAACAACAACAACAUGAUCUAAAAAUAGAGCGAGAUAGAAGAUCUACAUUGCCAUCAUCUGGUGUUCUAUCAGAUCAUGACAAAGAUAAAAUGCAGCGAUUGUAUGGUAAAUAUUUGAGGACAGAGAGCUACAGAAAGGCUUUGAUAUACCAGAAGAAGUACCUAUUGUUAUUGUUGGGUGGCUUCCAGGAUUGUGAACAAACUACUCUAGCAUUAAUAGCCAGAAUGGGGGCUUUCCCCUCCCCUCAAGACAUGCAGCCUCGAACAUCUCACAGUCGAUUGUACACCAUAUUUAGAAGUGCUGCCAGAGUAGUUGUGGCUGUUAGUAGAAUGAAGUUUCUGGUGAACAAAUGGAAGAGAGCAACACGAGUUGGUUCUCCUGUAGUAUCUGGUACUGUUGAUACCCAGCAAGGUUACAUGCCAACCAAUAGGAGUUAUUCUCCUCAUGCCAGAUCUUCCUCGUCACCACAUACCAGCAUUAAUGGUCUAUAUCAUAUGUCACCAUAUCUGUCUUCAACAUCUCAAAGAUUCCGUACUACAUCCUCGCCACAUCCAACUUCCCUAGGCCAGACAUAUGGGUCACCGAUUGUAGGUCAGGACCAUAACUCUUAUCAUUCUUCACCACAUGCAGUUAAUGGUCGUACAUCACCAUACACCAAUGGUACAUUACCAGGUCUGAAUGGUGACCUGUCAAAAGAUUAUAGAUCAUCACCAUCUUUACAAACCUCUGGUGCUAGAAGAAAAAUCCUGUCGACACCAUUAUCAUCACCAACUGUAAGUAGAGACCGAGACAGUCCACAGUCACAGCGGAGAGUGAGAAUAGCCGAUGACCAGCCGUCAUUACAAGACAGUUAUAUAGAGAGAUUAGAAAGUCUACAAAAGAAACUUGGCAGCAUAGAUAGUGGUGAGGAAGGAGAUAUAUCGUCAACAGAACAGCAUAAUCUCCCAGAAGAAAAUCUCCGUGGCGGUAGCCCCACACUUUCCAGUAUCAGUUCAGAGUCUUCUGAAUAUUGUCCGCUGUGAUCUACAUAACUGUGAUAUAUACUGGUGCUGCAUACAUAAUUUAUGUUGUCCUCUUCUAAAGGGGGUCAUCUCAGAAUAUACAAUGAAGAUUUUAAAUGUGACUGUAUAUGGACCUCUCUUAUGUUGUUAUUUUAUUUGAAUUAAUUACUUGUUCUGAAGAUAGAUCAGCAAGUAUAUGUGUUGGAAUGUUUAACCAUGUCUAUGUGCAUAUUUAUUAGUCUAUUUUGAUGGACAGUUAACUGUCUCAAACUGAGGGUCCAACAUUUAUUGGUCCAAAAUCAAAUGAUCUGUGACAGUAUAUGAUGUAACUCAUAGUAAAUUCAAGUUAAUAUGUAUGUUUUUGAAGAAAUUAUGUGGUGCCAAAGUGUUAUAUUCUUGCCACAGUAAAGGUAAAAAAGUGGUUUUACACAUGAACUAUGAAAGUUUAAAGUUAAAUACAAGUAAUAAAAAAAACUUAAUUUAUAUUUAAGUAUAUUGAUUUUGUCAAAACAAUUCAUAGAAAUUAAUGACUUUUCAUAACUAGGAAUUUUAUGUUGUAAAUUAGGGACCAAAAAUGUCUUUAUAUUCAAGGAAUUCCAUUCAUUUAGAUGACAAUCUUGAUGUGUUUUUAUGUAUUUAUUAUUUUUUUAAGUAUUAGUUCAACACCAAAUAGCCAAAUUUUAAAUAAAUGAAACAUGACAUUGCAUUUUAAAUGUUAGCUUAUGUAAAUACCCAAUAUAAAGCAAUAGAUAUCAGCAAUUACCCUGUUUUUAUAUUGUAUAAAAAUGUACAAAAUAUAUAUAUUUAAUGCAAUAGUUUUUGCCAUGUAAUUAAGCAUUAAUGCUUCAUUCAGUUAGAUACAUUAUAAAUUAUUUAACCUCUGGUACUAGUCAAAAAUUAUAAUCAACAAUAUUUAUAUCAAAACAAAUUUGUCAACAGUUCAUUAUAAGGUUGUGUGUGCUCAUGUUUAUAUGCUUGACUAUUGGAGGGUAUUUGUUGGAAGAUUACCAAAGCUGUAAUGUGUUUUAAUAAGGGCAAUGAUCUUUUAAAUCUUUCUUAUUGUGUACUUCAAAGAAAAGAUUAUUCUUUAUAGUAAGGUUUGAAUUCUAUUUUUGAAUUUUUAAUUAUGUAGACUGAGGUUAAAUUGUAAAAAGCAAUUAAAUGGAUACCUCAAAGAUUACAUAAGAUAUUAAAUUAGCUUAUAUAUCAGUGGUAUGAAUUAUUUUGUUGUUAAAUUCUUAGUAUUGAUUGAUGAUGUUUAUAAUCAUGGUUACGGUUGACACUUAGGUAUGGAUUGUGAAGUUGUUUUACAAAUUUUAAAGUUGUUUGUAUGUUACCAAUAGUUAAUUUGUUAAUGAAUUCUAUGUUUAUAAGAACAUUGUUUAAUGUAGACUCAUACUUUCAUUCAAAUCAAAAUUUACAUCUGUUAUUUUUUAUGUAUGCUCCUCUUUUUUUUACUGAAGGAAUAACUAUUCAUUCAUAGAUUUUCAUUGAUUAGAAACAAAAUUAUUACAUUUGAAAUCUUUGUUUUUGGUAAAAUAUUGUAUUUGCAUCAUGGAAGCUGUAACUUCAUAUUAUUGAAUGAUUUACCAGAAAACUAACUCCUUUAAUAAUCAUAGAUAAUAUAUUUAGGUAGUAUCUGCCAAAGUUUUCAUUGUCACUUUAUUUAUGGAUGAUUGUAUUUCUAAUGGUUCAUUGUACAUGUUACCAUUGUUUAUGGGCACACAUUACUCAUAUUAAAUUAUUUUAUAAAUUUAAACAAUUGUCUUUCGUAUGAA